AUGCCCGCCACAGCCGGAAGAGGAGUCGCCGGCGCCGACCUCGACGACUCCGGCAACCUCAAGCUCACCUCCGGCAACUCGACGGUCAUCUGGCAGUCCUUCGAUCAUCCGAUCGAUACCAUCCUCGAGAACCAAAACCUCACCUUGGGCCCCGCCACAGCCGGAAGAGGAGUCGCCGGCGCCGACCUCGACGACUCCGGCAACCUCAAGCUCACCUCCGGCAACUCGACGGUCAUCUGGCAGUCCUUCGAUCAUCCGAUCGAUACCAUCCUCGAGAACCAAAACCUCACCUUGGGCCAAAAUCUCAGAUCUGGACCCUACAAUUUCUCUUUGCAGGACAGCGGAAACCUAACCCUAAAAUGGAGCCAGGGCAAUUCCGUGAUUACGUACUAUAACAAGGGCCUCAACUCUAGUUUCAGCAACACGUCGCUGAAUGCCCCAGUUCUUGUUCUUCAGUCUAAUGGGAUCCUUUCGCUGCUCGAUAGCUCGCUGCCGAGCUCCGCCGUGAUCGCUUACAGUAGUGAUUAUGGUGAGAGUGGACAGAUGUUGAGGUUCCUGAGGUUGGAUUCUGAUGGGAAUCUUAGGGCUUAUAGUGUUCCGAUAGGAAACGCUACCCCUAACGAUCGAUGGGCGGCUGUCGAUGAUCAGUGCCAGGUCUUCGGAUGGUGCGGCAACAUGGGCAUUUGUAGCUACAACGAUACGUCGCCGAUCUGUGGCUGCCCGUCGCAGAAUUUCGAGUUCGUUGAUCCGAAUGAUAGUACUCAGGGGUGUAAGAGGAAGACCGAGAUCCAAAAUUGCCCGUCGAGUCAGCAAAUGUUGGAAUUGGAUCAUACCCAGUUUCUGACUUACCCGCCUGAGGUCUCCACAGAGCAGUUCUUUGUGGGUAUCACUGCUUGCAGGCAGAAUUGCCUCUCUGGAGGUUCUUGUGUUGCUUCCACUGCGCUUGCUGAUGGUUCAGGGCUUUGCUAUCUCAAAGUUUCGAACUUUGUUAGUGGUUAUCAGUCGUCGGCUUUACCCAGUACUUCCUACGUGAAGGUUUGUGCUCCAGGUGCGCCUAAUCCUCCUCCAUCGGAAUUGGGUCAGUCGCAGUCUAGGUCGUCGAAAUUGAAAGCUUGGGUGGUGGUGGUUGUCGUUGCAGGCACAAUUCUUGCUUUGAUUGCGCUUGAAUAUGGGCUAUGGUUUUGUUUCUGCCAGAACAGCCCCAGGUUUGGGCCAUCUUCUGCUGAGUACGCUCUUCUUGAGUACGCUUCUGGCGCUCCGGUGCAGUUCUCAUAUAAAGAGAUGCAACGGUCGACCAAGGGGUUUAAGGAAAAGCUCGGGGCUGGAGGUUUUGGUGCUGUUUAUAAAGGAGUGCUUGCAAAUAGGACUGUUGUGGCAGUGAAGCAGCUUGAGGGGAUUGAGCAAGGAGAGAAGCAGUUUAGGAUGGAGGUUGCUACUAUAAGCAGUACCCACCAUUUGAACCUUGUGAGAUUGAUUGGGUUCUGCUCUGAAGGCCGGCAUCGCUUGCUAGUGUACGAGUUCAUGAAAAACGGCUCCUUGGACGCGUUCCUCUUCUCCGGGGAGUCGUCGGGAAUGUUAAAUUGGGCAGCGAGAUUUAAGGUAGCUAUUGGUACGGCAAGAGGGAUCACUUACUUGCACGAAGAAUGUAGGGAUUGCAUCGUGCAUUGUGAUAUUAAGCCUGAGAAUAUUCUUUUAGAUGAGAACUACAAUGCUAAGGUCUCGGAUUUUGGGCUUGCGAAGCUAGUCAACCCUAAGGAUCAUCGGCAUAGGACCCUUACCAGUGUGCGAGGGACUAGGGGAUACUUGGCACCCGAAUGGCUUGCAAACCUCCCCAUCACAUCAAAAUCUGAUGUUUACAGCUAUGGAAUGGUUUUAUUAGAGAUUGUGAGUGGGCGACGCAAUUUUGAUGUGUCGGAGGAAACUGGAAGGAAGAAAUUCUCUCUUUGGGCUUACGGUGAGUUUGAGAAGGGGAAUAUUGAGAACAUUGUCGAUAAGAGGCUUCUUGAAUCUGAUGUGGAUAUGGAGCAAUUGGAUAGAGCAGUUCAGGUGAGCUUUUGGUGCAUCCAAGAGCAGCCAUCUCAGAGACCAACGAUGGGAAAAGUCGUUCAAAUGUUGGAAGGAAUUAUGGAUAUUGAGAGGCCUCCUGCUCCAAAAGCCACUGAUGUGUCUGGGAGCAGCACGAGUGGCAGUGUGAAUAUUAGUAGUUUCUCUACUUUUGCUACUUCGCAUCAAGCUGCUUUGUCAUCUAGUCAUCCAGCUGCUUCAUUGUCUAGUUUUGUUCAGCCAACAACAGGUUCAACAUCUGAGAUUUCUAGGAGAAAUUUGGAGAAGGCAUCUUCAUCGCUUCUUGCACCAAAUCAGACUAUAUAAGGUGUUUGCAAUUGUAUUAUAAUACAACAACUUGAUAUGAAUGGCUUAUUUCAUGGAGGUACGUACGCCUGUCUGUAACUACAUCUCUGUGGCAGUUCAGACUGGUUUUGUAUAGAUGUAUUCUUUGUGAUGAAUUUAUAAGCAUGCUUUUGUUUGAUUAAGAUUAUAUGGAUUAUA